AGGUGUGCCUAUUGUUCCCAUUCUUUCAUCCCAUUGGUUGCCUCCAAAUGGAAAUCAGUUCUUGACCCUAAUACCUCCCAUCUCAGGACCUUUUAAGAGGAGUCUUGUUUCAGAGUCAAAGUUAGAUUCUUCUGUGUUCUUGUCAUUGCCACACACACAUUCCUCCUCUCUCUCGUGAAAUUUCUCAAGAUGAACAAGCGUCUUCUCCUGGGCUUUUCCCUUCUGCUCUUCUGCACAGUAUCUGAAGGUCUCGUGUGCAGAGUUUGCAAGUACAAACUUGGCAAGGUCUGCCUGGAUACUGACGAACCUUGCAAAGCGGACGAAGGGCAGUUCUGCGAGACAACCAAAGUUUAUGCUGGCGAAUUAUUCCUCUUCAAGCGCUAUGGCUGCGGCAAAUACGCCGAGCUCUGCAACAAGACCGAGCGGAGGGAAAAUGCCUUCAACAUGUCCUACGAACGCACUUGCUGCGACACCGACUUAUGCAACGCUUAGUUCUCGUUUCCUGUCCCUGGGAAGGUUCGGCUUAGAAUGGGGCCAACAGCUGGUUCAUUCACAAUAAAAGCUGGCAAGAGAGACCCCUUUCACUCAAAAAGACAACCCUCAGAUUAUAUGAUCCCAUCACUUUGACCUUCUGUCAGUGCUCAAGAUUUCAGCUUCUUCUUCCCUCCCAAAGGUUCCCCCACCUCAUUUGUGGCCUCUCCCACAGGACCUGCUGAAGAUGCUUCAUAGCUAGUUCUAUGUAGCUCACGUUCAAAGCACACAGUUGAAGCACUAAGACACCUCUAUAAACAGUCAUGGAUUCCCCGAAAGAAUUCUGGGAACUGUCGUCCGUCAAGGGUGCAGAGAGGUAUUGAGAGAGACACACACCCCUUUUCCCCUCUCGCAAAACUACAAUUCCCAGCAUUCCCUGUGAAGAGGGAUUGACUAUUAAGCAACAACUUAAAUCCUUCAAAAGUAAUUAAAAUUGCGCAAAAAAAUACCCACAAAUUAAAACACAUGUAAGUGGCCUACAUGUCUGGGCAGGCUUGCCUAAACAAACAUGCUUUUAGCAGGCACUGAAUAGUAGAUUCAUUAAUUUCAAUGGCUCUUCUAUGAAAAGAACCUCUGUUGUUGCUUUUUUAACUCUUUCUUUAAAUUCUUCAGAAUUGUUUCUCUCUGUCAUCACCACAAGUUUAGAAACCAAACUGCAUUUCUCCUGAAGAUCGAAGCAUACAGAAAAGGAAGAUUUGUAUGUUUAAACUCCCUGAGAGAAACAGCAUAACUGGAGAGAAUCUCCAAAUAGCAAAUGGCUGAAGGGGGGCGACAAGGGGUGGGACAUCUUUUUCGGCCUGAGGGCCACAUUUCUGAGGGGGCCAACCUUCCAGGGGCUGCAUGACAAAGGUGGGUGGUGCUAGUGUACACACACACACACACACAGCCCUCUGUUCUCCUACAAGCAAGAAGCAUCUUCAGAGUUCAAGGAUACAUUACAGCUAGCUAAAAACAGUUGAGGCUGCCUAGCAGGUCUGGUGUGGCUUGAGAAUAGUCUUCAAGGCCGAACAGAAAGACUUGGGGGGCCGUAUCUGACCUCUGAGCCUGAGAUUCCCCACCCCUUAGUUAAAACAAUGGCUGUCCUCUUCUCAAUCUGAAUUCACCCUGAGCUGCAUUGCCAGGUGUUUAUUUGCUGGGGAGGGGGAAGAGUCAAGAAAAAUAUGUAUGCAAAGUUUUAAAAUGUCCUGUUUUCUUUUAUAUCUUUUUGUAUUUACUGGGGAGCUGUGGAGAGUUGCUGAAUUGCUGACUUGGCAAAUGAUAAAAUGGGCGGGGUAUAAAUAAUAAAUUAUCAUCAUCAUUAUUA